UGUAUUAUUACACGCCAGUGCAUGCGAGCUAACGAAGAAAAUAGUUUAUCUCGGUAACACUGUAGCAAUCGUUGAUGUCAUGGAAACUAACAGUACUACUCCGUCAACAACGAAUUUGCUACUGUGCAUUCACCUGCGCACAAAGGGUACCGCUUAUAUUAGUUAGACUUAUGACAUAUCAUGGCUUCUAGUAAUCGCCGGUUGAAAACAAGAGAAGAAGCACAUCUGUACUCGAAUCUUUUGCCCGAAGCGGAUGUGUCAGAAUACUUUAUUUCUAAAUUCAACGAGUCACUUAUCAAGAAGCCGCCAGAAUGGGACGCAGCGCGUUCAACGCCGACAAUGAGACUUGUGGAAUUAGAGCGUGACCUGAGGUAUGUGCUGCGACAACAAAGAGAAGGGAAAUCUGUAUCUGAACGGAAGAAGGACGAUUUGGAGAAACAGUGGAAAGAACUGAACUCAAAAUCAUUGCAGCUGAAGGAGGCUCUUGUCCAUUUUAACACUUUAAUAGAGGAAAAUGAAGAAAAAAGAAAAAGAUCAGAAAACAAAAUUAAAACUGCUGAAAGUAUUUCUCUUCAAUAUGAACAAGAUAUAAAGCACUUGGAAAACAAAAUACAAAGACUACAUGAAGUUGAGCGAGAACUGAAAGUACAAAUUCAGAAACUGGAGUUUUAUGAAGACUACAUGAAUGAGGUAGUCGAACAGUCAGACUUCAAAAGUAUAGACGAGUUGGUGGAGCGCCACGAGACUCUGGUAGCUGCCCGGGAAGACCUGGCUCAGCGCCAGCUUCGUGAGAUGGACAACCUGGAACAAGUCCGGACCGCUAUGCUCGAUCUGGAAGAGCUCAUAGCAGAGAGGAUAUUUUGA